GCCGCGGCUGCAUGGCGGGCGCUGCGCGGAGCUUGUCGCGAGCGGCCGGGAAGCGGCUCUCGGUGGAGGGCAACAUCGCCGCGGGCAAGUCGACGUUCGUGGCGCUGCUGCGCAGAGCCUUCCCCGGGUGGCGCCUGACGCCGGAGCCGGUCGCCAAGUGGCAGGAGGUCCGCGCCGCGGCUCCCCGCGAGGCCUCUGCUCCUCAGAACUUUGGGAACUUGCUUCAGAUGGUCUAUCGGGAGCCCUCCCGGUGGUCCUACACCUUCCAGACCUACUCGUGCCUGAGUCGGCUCAAGGCCCACCUGGAGCCCCUGGCCGUGGAGGCGCAGAAGACCCAGGAACCAGUGCAGGUUUUUGAGAGAUCUGUCUACAGCGAUAGGUACAUCUUUGCGAAAAAUCUUUUUGAGAUUGGCCACCUGACUGAGAUGGAGUGGGUCAUUUACCAGGAUUGGCAUACCUUCCUCCUGCAAACCUUUGGGGACCAGCUUGCCCUCCAUGGCUUUCUUUAUCUCCAGGCACCUCCAGAGGUCUGCUUUGAGAGGCUGCGCUGCCGAUCCAGGCCCGAAGAGGAGGGGGUCCAGCUGCCGUACCUGGAGCAGCUCCAUGUCCAGCACGAGGACUGGCUUGUGAGGAACAGCACCGGGAUCCAUUCUGGAGGUACAAGAGAUGUGCCUGUCUUGAUUCUGGAUGUCACAAAGGAUUUUGAGCAUGACCCAAAGGAACAAAGCAAGCUUGUAGGCCAGGUGAAAACUUUUAUGAAAACUCUUCGUUCUGAUCCUUUGCCUUCCAUCUCUACAACUGUCUCCAACUGAGGAUCUCAUUCUGCGACUAAGAGCUGCUUGCUUAAUGCCAACAGACCAAAUGGAAGCCAGUCUGCCUCUUUCCACCCAGGCAGAUAAAAACUCCAGGCAGUCAGAUCCUGG